AUGCUGCCAUCUUCUUGCGAAGGCCUUGUCUGGGCUGUUUGCCAGACGACGCUACAGCUUGACGAUCCAGCACUUUGUGCAGUAUCGUUCUUGACUUCAGGAGGGUUCAACAAGAUCUACGUGGUGGAAGUUGGAUACGAUCAGAGAUUCGUCUUGAGAGUUUCUCUCCCAGUUGACCCUAGGCACAAGAUGGCCGGCGAAGUCGCGACACUGGGAUGGCUCAGCCAGCAUUCGACAGUACCAGUGCCUAGAGUUAUCGCGUUUGAUGACACCAGAGAUAACGACACCAGAGAUAACGAGAUUGGGUUUGAGUGGAUUUUGAUGGACCAUGUUUCCGGCACGUCAGCCCAGACUCGAUGGCGCAAGAUGACUAUGGAAGAUAAGAAAACCCUGGUAGAGAACAUCGCCCGCCAUCAUGCCCAACUGCUCGACAUAUCGACAUUCCAGCAAUUGGUACUCUGA